AUGAAGUUAAUCGAGUUUAGAUUGACUAUGCCUUUGAGCGUGGAGGAGUACAAUAUCUGCCAGAAAUAUCUACUGGCAAGAGUGACACAGGAGGAUACGUACAAUACCAUGCACGGAGAGGGAAGGAAUAAAAGAAGGGAUGUAAGAAAAAUAGUAUUAUUUAAAAAAGGCACAUUGGAUGGUGAACAUGGGGAAGCAGUAGAUUACACAUUUAAAAGAAUGAAUGUUGUGAAUAAAAUCCCAAAAUGGUUACAAAAUUUUGUGCACCCAAACUAUUGCCUUAUAGAUGAAACGUAUUGGAAUAGUACCCCUAAUUUAAAGAUUGUAUACGAAGCAAAGGGGUUCCCAAAAGCACGAGUACAGGUAGAUUCAACGCAUCAUCUAGGUCAUAACACAGAGGAAAAUCCUUUUAACAUUCCAGAGGAAUUAUUGACACAGAGAAAAAUUAUCCUCAUCGAUAUAGUAAAUGAUGAACUGGCUGCGGGGGAUUACAAAGCUGAAGAAGAUCCAACCCUUUUCUACAGUGAAAAGGCAAAAAGAGGAAAACUAGAAGAAAAUUGGAUUGAAAAUAGCAAAGUCAUUAUAACAUGUUAUAAAUUGUUUACUAUUGAUAUCCCUUACUUUGGUAUUUUGUGUUCUAAAUUAGAAGAUUGGAUCGUUACUCUAAUUAAAAACAACUUGUUGAAAUAUCAUCGUAAGGCACUAUGCUGGAUUGAUGAAUGGUAUAAUUUAACCGAAGAACGGAUCUAUAUGUUCGAAGAAGAAAUGCAACAAAGGUUGGAAAAUUUUUGGAAGGAAGUUGGACUCGAUGUAGAAAACGAUUCAACCCUGGCUGUACAGUUUAUGGCCAAACAACAAACUCGUAGUGCAUUUGAAAAAUAUUUAGAAGAAAAAAACUCGGAGGACAAAUCAGCGAAGGAAGGGAAAGGUGGUUUAAGGAAGGAAGGAGGGUCGAAGGUGGUAGGUGGGUCUAAGGAGGAAGGAAAAAAAAGAAACAGGAGUGAAGGAAAAAGGAAAGAAAAAAAGGAAAGUGGAGGCGAAGAAGUAAAGGAAGGGUCUAUGGAGGAAGGAAGUAAGAAGAGCACCAAGUCGCAAGAGAAGAAGAAGAAAAAGAAGAGUAAAAAAAAAGGGGAUGAAGUGAAGGAGCAUGAAGUAAAGGAAGAAGUGAUGGAAGUCGUCGAAAAGGAAGCUUUCGCGGAGGUUGAAAGUGAAGCACAGAAAAAUAUAACGCUCGGUGCACCUGGUGAUGUCAAAAUUAGAAGGCGAGUUUUGAGGGAAGUGCAUAAAAUGGACGAAGAUAUUCUCAUAAUAGAGGAUGAUAUUCUCAUAACGGAGGAGGAGGAGGAGGAGUGCAUGUUCCAGAACGGACACACAGUGCCAUAUAACGAUGCGGACGCCAUUUUGCGCUCGUUUAACGUUCUUAACAAUGCCAUGGAAGAAAACCAAAUGGUGGACCAUUUCGCACAGAACGUGGAAAAUAUAUACAAUUACAGAACGGACAUGAGGCGCAAUGAUAGUGACACGUCCCUUUCCUUUUUUUAUGUCAUCGCCGUGCUAUCCUUUUUCCUCUUCUCUGCUUUCAUGUGUGCAUGUACAUUCGUGUACUAUGAGUACUGGAAUCACUCCUGCUUCCACCAAGGCAAUGUGUACAAGUUUUCUAUGAACGCCCCAGGGAGCAUUAAUUCAGUGACGUCCUUUCUAGAUGUCCAGAGGAAACAAAAUCCACAAGAGGAGUUUCGCCGAGAGGAGUUUUACACGAACCUUUACAAUACCCUUUACAAGGUGAACAACUCUACCCUGAACUUCGCAUCGAACUCCCUCAAUGCACAGCUCCAAAGCGAAAUUUUGAACAACUUCAAUGAAAUGUUUUCUGCCAAGAGUGUGAAGAAGUAUGCUCAAUAUAUGGACAACUCAUAA